CUUUGCAAACUUGCUGUUUUCGUCUUAUAUUUCAGAAAUACCCGGCGUCCCCUCCUCUGUGACGUCUGUAAGACAAAGUUGAGGGUUAAAUGUCCUGAGAGCGAAUGGAUAGCGUUCCCAUUAUCUUUUGGUUUUCAUGCUGUCAGAUCUUUCCAUCCCUCUUCUUUACUACAUAAAACUCUAAAACGUGUAAAAUACUCGCUAGAAACACUGUGUUAUCUACAAUAUAAUCGAGUUUUCUCAUCAUGGUGGUUAGCUAACCUUAGCCUCGAAGCUAGUUUCCUUGGACAAUCCUUUCAACUUGCUUGCUGACAGCCAGGUUAGCUUACGACAGCUAACUUCGCUAUGUGAAGUAACCAAGCCAAGAAAAGUGGUGAUAAAGAAGCUCUGCAACUCUCUGGUGUUGCAGGUUGCUCUCAUGUGCCCAUGGAGAAGGCGGCCUUUGAGGGGUGGCUGGAGUCGGUCUCCGCCACUUUCCUUACACUGAGCGACCAGCAGAGGAACCAGUCUCUGGAUCAUCUCAUCUCUCUGAGUGGAGCCGCUCAGCUGCGUCAUCUGUCUAAUGGGCUGGAGACGCUGCUCAAGCGUGACUUCCUGCGUCUACUUCCUCUGGAGCUGGCCUUCUACCUGCUGCGCUGGCUCGACCCGCAGACCCUGCUCACCUGCUGCCUGGUGUGUAAACAGUGGAAUAAGGUGAUAAGCUCGUGCACAGAGGUGUGGCAGGGUGUGUGUCGAGAGCUGGGCUGGAGGAUCGAUGAGUCCAUUCAGGAUGCGUCACACUGGAAGGGGGUCUACCUGAAGGCCAAACUGAGGAUGAUGCAGCUGAAGGACCAGGAGGCCUUCGAGACGUCCUCCCUCAUAGGACACAGCGCUCGCGUCUAUGCUCUCUACUAUAAGGACGGCCUCCUGUGCACAGGGUCUGACGACCUCUCUGCCAAAUUAUGGGAUGUGCGCACCGGGCAGUGCAUUUAUGGCAUCCAGACACACACCUGCGCCACAGUGAAGUUUGAUGAGCAGAAGCUUGUGACUGGGUCCUUCGACAACACCAUUGCAUGCUGGGAGUGGAGCACGGGGGCAAAAAUCCAGCAGUUCCGUGGCCACACAGGAGCAGUCUUCAGUGUGGACUACAACGAUGAGCUGGACAUUCUGGUGAGCGGCUCUGCAGACUUCUCUGUGAAGGUCUGGGCUCUGUCCGCUGGAGCCUGUCUCAACACUCUGACUGGACAUACCGAGUGGGUGACCAAGGUGAUCCUCCAGAAAAGUGAAGUAGAGUCUGUGGUUCACAGUCCUGGUGAUUACAUCCUCCUAAGUGCUGAUAAGUAUGAGAUUAAGGUCUGGCCUUUAGGCAGGGAGAUCAAUUGUAAAUGCCUGAAGACUCUGUCGGUGUCGGAGGACCGCAGCAUCAGCCUCCAGCCUCGCCUGCAGUUUGACGGACGCUACAUCAUCUGCAGCUCCGACCUGGGGGUUUAUCAGUGGGACUUUGCCAGCUUUGAGAUUCUCAGGGUGAUAAAAACCCAGGACCCAGCUAACCUGUCCCUGCUCAGUUUUGGCGAGGUGUUUGCUCUUCUUUUCGAUAACCACUUCCUGUAUGUGAUGGACCUGAGGACAGAGGUGAUCUCGGGCCGCUGGCCUCUGCCGGCCUACAGGAAGUCCAAAAGGGGAUCCAGCUUCUUGGCCGGCGUGACAUCAUGGCUCAACGGCCUGGACGGGGGCAAUGACUCUGGACUGGUGUUCGCCACGAGCAUGCCCGACCAUAGCAUUCAUUUAGUUCUGUGGAAGGAAAAUGGAUAAAGGAAAACAAGGAACCUGAACUUCUUGGCCGUUGGAACCGGCUCUUAAAUCUAUGAACCUGAACAGCCAAGAUAGAUGCAUGGACCAAAGCAUUUUGUUCUAUUUUUUUUUUCUGUUUCUUCCUCACACAAAUAUCAACAUUAAGAGAUGGAAGUGGAAAGCACAGCAUCACUGAUGUGCUACGUUCAACGUCUAGUCCCUCUUCUGAUCUUGGACAAACACAGGAGACAGAAGAACAAACUAGUAGAAACCCAAGUCAUGUUCAUAACAAUUAAAGAGAAAAACAAACUGGCAUCUGAAGAACCCAAAUAUAAACACAACUUUAGACAUUCUCCUGGAGUUACUGCAUCUUUGAAAAUCACUCACUUUAACUUGGAAACAUUUUUGGCAAAUUAGUACUUCGGUCCAGUACGUGGAUGCCCCCAUUUGGCAUAAAAACAUCAUCAUAAACAUACUGAGACAACAUAACGUGCUGCGCACUUUUAAUAUCCCUUGGCCAAAUAUAGUGGAAGAUUCUGUUGAAAGUUACUGCCCUAUAAUUGACAUUAGAUUGUCUUUGUGUGAAUUUGGUGCAGAAAUCUCAAUGUAUUUUUCAGACAAUGUGAUUACGUGGUUGAAAGGACAUGUUACCAUUUGUCCACGAAAAGCAGGUCAAGGUGACCUAUUUUCAGUAGGCUUCUGCUCCAUGCCAAGAUGUAGGGCUGGGCGAUAUGGAAAAAAUCAUAUUGUGUUGAAUUUUUUCAUAUCAGACGAUAUCGAUAUACAUCACGAUAUAAAUCAAAUCACUAUUUUUGUCAAGCUUAAAUUUUCCAUUACACUUAAGUUAGUUGUGAAGAUGUCAGAAGGUUGUUUUUGCUUUAAAUAGGAUUUAUUUUCUGUCAGAGGUUGAACAUGACAGAUGUGCUGAAGAGCAUAAAUGUUUCAGAUAAAUAAAACAGGUACAUAUAUUUAAAACUAAAUUAAAAGUCUGACCAGCAGGCAAAAGCUUUCAAGUUUUAAAAGAGAACACAAACAAAACAAACCGACUUCACCUAACAAUGCUAGGGGUGUAUAUGUGGGGGUGCGUUCCUUAACUGCCGUAACUGGAGUAAACCGAAAAUGAAACUUAACGUACUUUGAGCGUCUUACUCCUGGCUUCUAUACUUCUCUUGUUCUCCGGAACCCAAACGGUUCGCACCAUACUUUUCAGUAACCCUGUCGCCUGAGUUCUCGGUCACAUUUUCUCCCAAGGGAACACUCAUUACCUCCCGCUCCAGCCCAAACAUUAGUGUGUGUGCUGCAGCUGCUUUUAUGCCUGUGCUAUGUCCGUCAACCUAACUUGACGUGGCCCUAGUGUGAUUGGUUCGGUGCAGCGCUACUUAAUUAUGAUUGGCUGUUCUUAUGAAGUCUAUUGAAAUUGUAUCGAGCAUGUCUCAUAUUUCUAUUGAGGGAAAGUUAUUUUGCGAUAUAUAUUGUUAUUGUUUUAUCGCCCAGCCCUAUCAAGAUCCAUCCACAGAAUAAAUUUGGUGCAGAUAUAUCAAUGUAUUCUUCAGACAAUGCAGUUACGUUGUUGAAUGGACAGACAGACAGACGACAAAACAAUUAUAAUACCCCUUUGGUCCAAAGUUGGCCGGAAGAUAGAAAACCACAGAGCUGUGUGGAAAUCUGUACCGUUCAUAAUCUGAGCUCUUUGAUUUGUAAUGAAUAAUUCACAGAAUUGAACUUCCACAAUCAAAUAUGAUAAAACUCAGGGCUCCUCAUUAACAUUUAUCUUCCUCAUCCCAGAACUGUCCAGAAAAAUUUUCCAAAUCACCUUGAAUCAUUGUGGUCCAGUAUCAAUUUUUACAACUGGUCAAAAAAAUUCAACUUACUUUCAGAGGUUCUGUAUGUGAAGUUUGCCUUUUGUGUUGUAGUCUCCAUUAUCAUAUGCCAACAUUAUUUCAGUCGCAUCUGAAGUCAUGUGGCGUACAGCCAGUACAAACAGUAGUGCAUAAACAGAAGAUGAUAACAUUGCACUUAAUAUCAGUUAAUGUUAGAAUUAUACUACUAACUCAUCUCAUUGUUUCUUGGUUUGGCUGAACUUAUUGUUUAUCACAGUGCAACAUAAAACAGGUUUCCUUUCUCUCAACUCUAGUCUCAAAUUUGACCCAAAUUAAUUCACAUCAUCCCUGAUUGUGAUUGGUUCCAGGACAAUAGGACAUGUUUAAGGUGGAGCCCUGAAUCUAAACAUUAAGACCAUCAUGGCGUUUAGUUGCAGAAAUUCCAGCCUAUGAAUCUCAUUAUAUUAGCUGUGGGUAAAUAACACUACAACACAUAUUUUCUCAACUUGAUAAAGAUGUAAAAAAAAAAAAAAGAUCAAACUGGUCACCCAGCUAAUUUGCCAAAAAGUUAGUUUCCUUCCACAAAAGCAGGGUUGCCUUAAACACAGCUGUUGUAAAUAGCGGAGGACAUCUCCUUUGACGUCAGAUUGUGACUUCACAGGGGAGGUUUUCACCGAGCGUCCCAGUGGAAGCUGCACACUGACCUGUAUUUUGAAAAGUGGUUUGGUACACUCAGUCGGUGGACAAUGUGAAAUAUUGUGAGAUUUCAUGUUAAUUCCACUGCUUUUUCUACGGGAUGUGUGAUUUAAAUGUCCGCUUGAGAGAUGUGAUGUGCCUUUUCAGUUCAUUUGAUGUUACGGACUACAAUUCCUCCAUGACUCGGGCACAUUGCAGCGAGGUGAUGAACUGCAUCGUAGCUCCUACCUUUACGUUGGACUCGCCAUAUUUACUGUGCUCUAACAGUCUAUAAGAUGUCUGUAAUUUUAUAGCUACCUACCUGACAUGACUUGCUCAGUGAAUCGCUUUUAUGAUUUGUUGACCGUGUUAAACAUCAGGUUUAUUUUUCUUAAGGCCUCAGCCCGUUGCACAGCGGACAGUGACUGGGUUUGUGCAAGAUGACUAUUUUAGACUUCAAAGAAAAUUUUAACUAACAUAAUAAGAGAAAUGCUCUGAAAUCUCCUUUAAAUCAUCUCCGAGUUCUGCUUCUGCUGCGAGUUUGAGUCCUUUAACUCAUGGGUGGAUUGAGUUUUCUUUGAUGUCUUCCUUUUAUGGAGCCAAUUUCCUUCCAAACAGAAAAAGUUUUAGAAAUGCCCUGUGAUUCAUCAACAGUUUGGUUUGCAAAUACAAAACCCGACUAUCAAACGAACAGAACUUAUUUCUAAAACUUCACACUUCAGACACACCCAGCUUAGAAGUACAAUAAUAUCACCAUUUUCUAAGUAAUUCACCCUCCACAACAGCAGGUGGUGCUAUUUGUAGAAAUGGAUUGAUCUAGUGUAGUUCACUGAAAGUGUUACGCCUGAAUAAGGUGAAUAUUUCUGUCAUGUGAAAAACCAACAACUUGCGAGCUGCAACCAAGUGCAAAACAACUUCAAUCACAAUUUCACUAAUAAUCCUGUCAGUGGGUGCGUAUUUUACUCGUAUCUUCCUCCUGCUGCCUGUGUGUUCAUUUUUCAAUGUCACCCUCCGUACAUAAAACAGCUACACCUCUGAGAUGAAACUCCAGUGGAAAUGGAUGUGAUGAAGCCUUUUAUCUUUUUAGGGGAUGUUUUCCUUUGUGGGGAUUUAUUCAUUUUAAUUCAGUGUCUUAAUUCAUUAUGUGUAAAUGUAAAAAAA